CAGGUGCCGCCCCUCCUCGCCGCCAGCCAUGGAGCCCCCGGUCCAGAUCUUCCGCGGGGAGCCGGGUCCCACCUGCCCCCCGAGCACCUGCCUGCCCCCCAACGGCAGCGGCUGGCCGCCGGGCUGGGCCGAGAGCGACGGCAACAGCAGCGGGGGCUCCGGGGGCGCGCCGCUGGAGGCCGCGCACAUCUCUCCCGCCAUCCCGGUCAUCAUCACCGCGGUCUACUCGGUGGUGUUCGUCGUGGGCUUGGUGGGCAACUCCCUGGUCAUGUUCGUGAUCAUCCGAUACACAAAGAUGAAGACAGCAACCAACAUUUAUAUAUUUAACCUGGCGUUGGCGGAUGCUUUAGUUACUACGACCAUGCCCUUCCAGAGCACCGUCUAUCUGAUGAAUUCCUGGCCAUUUGGGGACGUGCUGUGCAAGAUUGUCAUUUCCAUUGACUACUAUAACAUGUUUACCAGCAUAUUCACCUUGACCAUGAUGAGUGUGGACCGAUACAUUGCUGUGUGCCACCCCGUCAAGGCUUUAGACUUUCGCACACCCAUGAAAGCAAAGAUCAUCAACAUCUGUAUUUGGCUCUUAUCGUCAUCUGUCGGAAUAUCCGCGAUAGUCCUUGGAGGGACCAAAGUCAGGGAAGACGUGGAUGUCAUCGAGUGCUCCUUGCAGUUCCCGGAUGACGAGUACUCCUGGUGGGACCUCUUCAUGAAGAUCUGUGUCUUCGUCUUCGCCUUCGUGAUCCCUGUCCUCAUUAUCAUCAUCUGCUACACCCUGAUGAUCCUGCGCUUGAAGAGCGUCCGUCUCCUCUCUGGCUCCCGAGAGAAAGAUCGUAACCUCCGUCGCAUCACCAGGCUGGUCCUGGUGGUGGUGGCGGUCUUUAUCAUCUGUUGGACCCCCAUUCACAUCUUCAUCCUUGUGGAGGCCCUGGGGAAUGCCUCUCACAGCACCGCUGCCCUCUCCAGCUAUUACUUCUGCAUCGCCUUGGGUUAUACCAACAGCAGCCUGAACCCCAUUCUCUAUGCGUUUCUGGAUGAAAACUUCAAGCGGUGUUUUAGGGACUUCUGCUUUCCAGUUAACAUGAGGACGGAGCGACAGAGCACCAGUAGAGUCCGCAACGCCGUUCAGGAUCCUGCUUACAUGAGGGAUGUCGAUGGGACAAAUAAACCAGUAUGACUAGUCGUGGAGAUGUCUUCCUACAGUUCUUCGGGAAGAGAAGAGUUUAAUGAUCUAGGGUUAACUCAGAUCAGCACCGAAGUCUGAGAUGGAAAGGUAGAAUCUUUAACAAACUUUUAGAAGUCUCGUGGUCUGAAGUCCCACGAUGCUGGCUGGGUUAGCGACCCAGGUCAGCGGAAGCAUCGAGGCUGUAGGGAUGGAGUGGAGAAGACUUGAGUAAGCAAAUCCAGCCCCUUUCUAGGGCAGGGAAGCACGGCUGAUUCUGAGUUCCUUUGACGGACAAAGAAAUAAGCCUUUUCUCUUCUGGUUACCUAAAUUUAGUCCGGGCCCCACCUGCUGCGGCCUUUCCAUGCAACGCGGUUCCAAAAGCUCUGUUGAGGAAAAAAGACAGGACAAGACAACACCUUGGUUUCAGAGCUCAGUGGGCCUCCAAUCCAGAUGCUUGACGUUGACGGCGACCACCUGAAUACAAACGAGGACCGUUCCUAGGGCACGUGCCCCGCUCGCUUGAUGCUUUGUGGACGCACUUCACGUGGCUGUGCGGUGAGGAUUCCGGCGGAGGCAGGGCUCAGACCCACACCUGAGGUGCCUGCUUACGCAUAACGGGAAGUUACCUUGAUGCGUAUGAAGUUACUUUCAACAGACCAAAGGUGGUUUCCAACCGAGUUUAGUUUCUUAGAAGCCACAGUCGGUUUUUCAGCAUGCCAUUCAGCUAAAUAAUUUCAUGACAACACGUGUCUGCAGAUACCACCAAGAAUGUAUAUAACUACACCUGUAAAUAAUAGUAGAUACAUGCGAGUAAGAAAUGGGCUUGCCUUCCAGCCAGCCACUCUCCCGAGGGCAUACUAACACGAAUCCCCUGAGUUAGAGCUGAUGCUGAGACAUUUGGGGACAACAUAAGCUGCUUUCUGGGAGUUGGUCAGGUGCCGUCUUUGUCAGACCCGUGAGUACCAUUUAGUCCUUCAAAGGGUACUCACAACGCACGUAUUAGUCAAUUAUGAAAUAUGGUACUCAUUCCCCGGUUGUUGACUUGGCAGAAUCUAAUCUACAUGCAGCGUCUCUUCGUGAAUAUAUAGCUGCUACCAAAUUCUCUCUCUCCGGGGAGGGAGGGGGUCUUGCCCGUGUUAAUCUUGGGCUAGGAUCGUGUGGCCUUCAGCAGGAAGUAGAAACGUUCCGAAGCGUGGGCUGAACGAGGACGUGAUGUCCCCCGUGGUGCGUGGACACAACCUUGCACUGUGUUCUGUGAAGAGUACACCAGCUGAGGAUAAUGCCGUGGGCAGCACAUUUAGGAUAAUUUGGCCCAAACUUCCAGAUGACAUAGUCUCCUUUCUUUCCCCCUGAAACUUACGAUUUCAGAGGUAAUGGCUUGUUCUGUAAUUUGCCCGGGCAGAAGAAACGGAUAAGUUAGAAAUAACACCCAAUCUCUUCUAUGUUCCUAGGGCAGCAUCCCCUGGAAUUUAGUGGGAAAUCAAAUGUAUCAGCCUUCGUGCUCAUAGGCACCAUCACAGUAGUCAUUUCCGUUCAUGGUGUACUUUCUGUCUUGUGUAUAUACUCUCUCCUUUUGGAAACAAAUCUUGCCCUGAGGGUUUUGUAUUAUGGCUUCAGAAUUUUACUACAAUGAUAUUUGUGUAUAUUCCAGAUUUCCAUGGCAUCUAAUAGAUGACGUAAGGCAGAAAGGCAAGGUUCCUAAUGAACACGAAGUACUCCUUUGAGCAUUUCUUAAAUUUCAUUGAUUUUCUCAGGUGGCUUUGUAUUCCUGUAACAAAAUGUAGGUAGGAAGGGCUUAAAUAUUGAUUGGCAUUCGCCGCAUGGUUAAAAAUCGUGGCUAUCCUAUGGGAGGGGUAUUUAUACAGAGAGUAGUUCCAGAAACAAACCCUACUGGUGUGAGAAAUAUAAAAAUCUCUUUACGGAACACUAAGACCCGGGAGGGUUUCUUGAAGGAUUCUUAAGUGGUGCAAAAAUAUAAUAGAGACACAAUCAUGGAAUGAAAUUACAGUAAUGGGUUUUCUUUCAAUUAGCACCCCGUGUGCCCUUAUGGCAUCUAUGGCCAUUAUUGGAUGCUGAAUUUUAGCCAGAUUAUCCUGCUCGUUUUUAUAUCUAAGUUUGCUGCCCAAGAAGUAGCUCUAAGUGCCCAUGAGGGCUGUACAAAUUUCUCUAUUAUUGUGGGCACCAAUUUCCGCAAACUGGAAGAGGAGAGAGAGUGGCUUGUCAUUUUAGGGCACUACUUUAAAGGAUGAAAAAGUGAGUCAUAUAUAUUAGGAAGAAUACCACUUACACAAAAGUAUUUACUUGUCAAAAGUGUGUAUGUGUGCACACGUGUGCAUGCAUGUGUGAGGAAUUACAUGGGCGUAUGUGUCUUUGUGUGCGUAAGUGUGUGCAUGUGCU